AUGUCCUGUGUGUUGGUUGCUUGGCCCCCAGGCUGGAUAGUCUCCUACAAUGUCUCAGAGGUGCAGGGGCCGGAGCGGUGCCUGCUGGGCCAGGAGGUGACCCUGCGCUGCUCCAUGGAGGGGACGUUCCCCGAGGACGUGGCCGUGACAUGGGAGAGGAUCCACAGCGAGGACAGGACGGUGCCUGAGAGCGCUGGGGACCAGGACAGCCCCAAGCACCAGCCGCUGUUCCCCGCCCUCCCCCCAGGCUGGAGAGUGACCGAGGAGAGAGCUGGGACCCGCCUCACGUCCUCCCUGACCUUCACCCCCACGGUGCAGGACGACGGGGCGCGGGCCCGGUGCGUCUUCCUCCACGAGGUUGAACGGAUCAGAGAGGAGCGAGUGUCCCCGGAGAUCCGGGUGUGGGCCCGGCCACACAUGUCUGAGAUCCAGGUGUUGCCAGAGUGGGACCCCCGCGACAAGGUGCCGUUUGCUGUCCAGCUCCACAACUUCUACCCCAGGGAGGUGCCCCCGAUCCAGUGGGGCUGGGACGGGGCCGGGAGCUGGAGGGAAGACCCCGCGCAGAUAGACAAGAACACGGACGGCACGUUCACCGCGACGAGCGUCUGGAGAGUGCCCAGCCGGAGCCUGACCCGGCCGGAGCUGCGAGUGCGAGUGUGCGUCCAGCACGGCCCCGGAGAGCCCCCGAGCGAGAGAGAGCUCAGCCUGAGGGCCGCGGGUCUCCUGCGGCCCCCGGACGUGUCCAAAAUCUCCCAGACCGAGUCCGUGGACACAGGGAAGGGAGUCACCCUGAGGUGCUGCGUCGUGGGGCAUUUCCCAGAGAAGCUGAGCGUGACCUGGCUGCGGAGGGGCAAGGGGGAGGCCACUGCUGUGAUCCUGCGGGACUCAGCUGUGUACAGGGUGGAGCCCGGCACGGCCGUCCUGGCACGGGACGGGAAGAGCUUCCAGCAGGAGACCAGACUCACCCGCUGGACAUCCAGGGACCAGGGGGCAGAGUACAUCUGCCGCGUGGGACACCUCACCCUGGAGACCCCCAUCGAGAGGAGCAUCAUCUGCGAUCCGUGCCCUCCAGACCUGGGGCAAGUCUCACAGACCCAAGAAGCUAGUGACGUUGCCAGAACCAGUCUCAGCGAAGAUCAAGCUGCAAACGGGUACCCAGGAUCAGUGAUCUCUUACACAGUCUCAGAGGUGCAUGGUCCACAGUGGUGCCUGCUGGGCCAGGAGGUGACCCUGCACUGCUCCAUGGAGGGGACGUUCCCCGAGGACGUGACCGUGACAUGGGAGAGGAUCCACAGCGAGGACAGGACGGUGCCUGAGAGCGCUGGGGACCAGGAGAGCCCCAAGCACCAGCCGCUGUUCCCCGCCCUCCCCCCGGGCUGGAGAGUGACCGAGGAGAGAGCUGGGACCCGCCUCACGUCCUUCCUGACCUUCAUUCCCACGCUGCAGGACGACGGGGUGCGGGUCCGGUGCUGCUUCCACCAUGAGACCGAAUGUAUCAGAGAGGAGCGAGUGUCCCAGGAGAUCCGGGUGUGGGCCCCAGAACAGGUAUAUACAAUCAAGAGGCAUCCUGGAGGUGAUGGUGACAUUAAUGGAGCCUCAGGGGGGUCCAGUGUGGGCUCAUUUGAGAUGCUGGAGAAAGAGCUGGUCAAAGCUGAGAGUGAAGGGCCACUUUUUCCCCACACUGCGUACACUUCUGACCUGACAGAUCUGCUGUUGCUGCAGCUGUUCAGCGUGAGCAGGUUGUUCAGAGUCCUCCAGAGCCUCCAAGAGCCAAAGAGGGAGGAGACACCUGAAGAUGGAGGCAAUGUCAUCAGCACUGCAUCUCUGCCCCACCCAGAGAUGCCAGGGAUGUUGCCCCACUGUGGGCUGGGUUGGGGGAUCAGGCUGGGGCUGGGUUGCAAGGCCCAGGGUCAGGCCUCUGCUGGGGGAUGCUGCUCCUACCUCCCUCUCUCCAAGUGUGGCCUGUGCCGUAAGGCUGAGCGGGGAGCCCAGGGGUAUGGGAUUGCCUCUACCACAGCCCCAUGCAGCCCCUGGGCUGCCAAAAUAAAGAUGACAGCACUGACAAUCACCCACUUCCCUGAGUGGAUUUAGGAGCAGACUGGGCAGGACUGUCUGCCCUAGGACUGCUCCUAAAGUCUGAGGGCAGUCCUAGUGGGAGUCGGUUUUGUGUUAUCUGUAUAGUAAAUGUUGUCUGUGUUUCUUUGUCUGUCUGUUUAUCUGAAGGUGUGCACGCUGCCCGGUGGUAAAAGUGCUGGGUAUAGUGGUCUUGGGUUGGACUGACUACAUCAGAUAAUUAGAGCAAUGCUUGGAGAUAGGCAAUUUGUUUGACUUGGAAGCCCACUUGUGGGUUGUGGAUAAUUUGAAGCUCACUUUGUGGAUCAUGGACUGUCUAUGUAGGGGGUCCAGACUGCCUGUAGAAUGGUCCUUUGUUUUGGUUUGAAUUUUGUCUUGGGACUUAAUUAUAUUGGAAAACCAGACUUUUGGAGGGUUUUACAGACUAGUAUACUGGCUUUAAAGAUAAUA